AUGAACCACUUCGAAAAAAUCAACCGACGAACCCUUCGACUCGCCGCAGCCGCGGUGGUGGUUUUCUGCAUGUGCAGCGUUGCCACGGCGGCACAGUUGCGGUUGCGAAGCGAUGUUCAUCCGCAGGGCGCCUUGGUGUUAUUGGGCGAUGUGGCCGAGAUCUUGACGAACGAUCCGGUCGAGGCCGAGCGUUUGGCCAGCAUCGAAUUGUUUCCAGCGCCGGCCAGCUCCCGAAAGCGAUUCGUCUCCCUGUACGAGAUGCGGGAUGCCCUGCAGCGCAAACUUGACCUCUCCGGCAUUUCCUUGUCGGGGGCCAGUCGCAUUACGGUGCACGGCGUGAUGCUUGAAGAAGAGCCCGAGCCGGAACCUGAGCGUGCUCCGGUCGUUCGUCCGGUAUCGUCGGUCGUGAAGAAACGAGCUGAGCUGCGUGUUGAAGAAGCCCUAACCGACUAUCUGCGGCAGCAAGCUCGUAGCGAAGGUCCCUGGACCAUCCGCUUUUCGAUGAGCGAAAGCCAAAUGCAGUCGAACGCCGAGGCCCUGGCCAAGGCAGACACCACGGUGACUGUCAUGGGUGGUCGAGCCCCUUGGACGGGUUCGCAGAGCUUUAGCAUUUCGGUCGAGAGCACGACCAUUGAAGGCGAAACCGAACUUCAACAGUUUUCGAUCGACACGGUCGUCACGUUGCCGCCGGCGGUUGUGGUGGCUGCGCGACCAUUGACUCGCGGCAGCCUGAUUCGCGAAGGCGAUGUGCGUCUCGAUUUUCAGUCGGACCUCCGCAAAGGCGACGCGACAUUCGAUCGGAUUGAAGACGUGAUCGGGCUGGAGACCACGCAGUCGAUCGCCGCCGGCGAUGCCAUGUUGGGACGCGAGCUACGCAAGCCGCUGCUGGUGAAAGCCGGCGACGCGGUGACGGUUUACGCCCGCACGGGUGGCAUUCAAGUUCGCACCGUGGCUCGAGCCCGCGACUCGGGAAGCAUGGGCGAGUUGGUGAGUGUCGAAACCCUCAACGAUCGCAAAGCGUACUUCGCCCGAGUCAGCGGAAUCCAGAAAGUUGAAGUCUACGCCAGAGCGGUUUCGGCCGAGGGGGCGAUGCCUGCGGAACCCAAGACGAUUGGGCCUGAAGUAGAAGAAUUGUCGGCCAAGUUCCGGGCUCAACUAGAACGGGCGAAGGAGAGGCAGCAGUUGGCCACCAACGCCAAACAGCCACGUGCCGUCGAACCGGCCAGUUUCGAGGCGGCUUCCGAGCCGCAAAUGCAAGUUCGGCAGAGUGCGACCGAAGGUUCGCCGACGAUUCUGCACCCUGUCACAGUGGUCGAUCCGGUGGGCAACUUCCAAGUUUCGUCGAGCCAGCAACCGGUGUGCAGUUUCGAACCCCUCCACACCAACGCGUCUACGCUGGACGCGCCGGAGCGACAAAUGAGCAUCUUUGACCGAGAAUAUUCGUUUCGUACACUCAUGCUUCUCGCCGUGGUUCUGCUGACUGCGGGUCGGGCUGAAGUGAAGGCGCAGAGCUCGAGCAUCUACGCCAUGCCCGAUGCUCGCACUGGCCUGACGCUGGAAGACCUUUCGCUUACCACGAUUGCGAUCACCCCACCGCAAGAGAUUCAGAAGUACGACACCAUCACGAUCAUCGUUGACGAAAAGUCACAGAUGUUGAGUGAAGGUGAAAUGCAACGCCGCAAGCGAGCCAACCUGACGGCCAUCCUGGAAGACUGGAUCGAAUUCGAAGGAGGUUGGAGCAUUCGUGCGGCGAAACAACGUCUGGGCGAUCAGAUCAUCGGCGGCAACUUGAACAGCCAGUUCCGAACCCAAUCGGAAUUGGAAACCCGCGACGGGUUGAAGUUCCGCAUCGCCGCGACCGUGGUGGAUAUUCGCCCCAACGGUCAUCUCGUGCUGGAAGCCCACAAAACGAUCAAGAACAACGACGAAUUCUGGGAGCAACGCCUCACGGGCAUUGUGAAUCCUGAGGAUAUUCUUCCCAACCGUUCGGUGUUGAGCGAGAAGAUCACCAACCUAAACAUCGCCAAGUGCGAGGAAGGCCAUGUCCGCGACGGCUACCGCCGUGGCUGGUUGCUGGAAAUCUUCGACCGUCACCAACCUUUCUAA